ACAGAAUUGUGUGUGACAGUAGCGUGGUUGUGUUUUCAUUAAACUAGAAACUACAGAAUUAAUCGUUUCCACUGAAAUGGCUGCUAAAAGCCAAAUAUGCUCAAUAUGGCUGGGCUCAGAAACCGGAAUAUUAAAAGGGGUGAGUCUUCGCAAAAAGCAGGCGUUUAACUUCUGUGAGAUGAGCUGUUUGAGUCGGGAUCAGGAGGUCUGUGUGAUGGCAUGGGGAGACCCUUACGAAUCAGAGUUGUUGCUGGGCAGUGUGAACGGCACUGUGAAGACUUUCAGCACAGAUAAGGGCAUCUUCACAGCCACUAAAGAGUGUGGAGAUCCUUCACAGGGUAAAUUCACAGGACUGGCCGUCACUGACAGUUCCAUGAUAACAUGUGUGGAGUCAGGACUGCUGAAAGUGUGGAAGGAAGGCAGUACAGAUACUGUGGAGGUAAAUGUUGGAAAGGACAUUUGCAAAAUGCGACAGAACCAGUCACAGCGCCAUCAUGUGGCUACAGGGGGUAAAGAGAACCCACUGAAAGUCUGGGACCUGGAGAAACCAGAUAAACCAAUAUUCACAGCCAAAAAUGUAGCCCAUGACUGGUUGGAUAUGCGAGUACCUGUGUGGGUCAGAGACAUCAGCUUUAUCGCAGAUUCAGAUAAAAUAGUCACAUGCACUGGACAUCAUAAGGUGCGUGUGUAUGACCCCUCGACGCCUCAGAGGAGGCCGGUGUUGGAGGCAGAUUUUGGAGAGUACCCGCUCACAGCGCUCUCUCUUCCUGCCAGCCAGGACGCAGUGGUCGUGGGCAACACUCACGGGGAGCUCGCCAUCCUCGACCUCCGGAAAGGGCUUGUUCGUGGGUGUUUUAAGGGUCUGGCGGGGGCAGUGCGGGGGUUGCAGUGCCAUCCUUCCCUCCCGUUGGUGGCCUCUUGUGGUUUAGAUCGUUUUCUGAGAGUACACAGCCUGGAGGACCGCUCUUUACAGCACAAGGUAUAUUUGAAGUCACGACUCAAUUGUGUGCUGCUCUCUAGCAGAGAUCUGGAGUCAUCAAGUGACAGUGGAGAUGUAGAGGAGGUGAAAGCAGAGGAAGAGGAUGAAGUUUGGGAUAACAUGGAAACAGUGACGGAGAAGACAAAAAAGAGGGCCGCUGAGAAAGACGAAGCAGCUGUUACUGGAGCAGAUGGAAAGAAAAAAAGGAAACAAGUGAAUAAGUGAUUACUGAUGGACAUUAUUAGCAUUUUCUACACAGUUUAUGUUAUGUCACUGUAUCAGCAGUGGCUAAACCUGAAAGACUGUUUAAUACAUAUGUAAAAGUAUGUAAAGGUCAUCUUUUUGGCUCCUGGAGUGGAUUUGAACAUAAAAUUAUCUGAAUUGAGAAAUUCAGAUGAACUUUUUUUAAUUGUAUAAAAAUGUUAAAGGCUUUACAGUUUUAGUGAAUUUCCCAUCCGUCUCUGUGGUUCUGAAUUAAACAGAGUUGAAUGUCAAAAA